AAUAACAAUAAUAAACAAAUUGACUGACAGUUUGUGUCAACAAAUCUAAUCAUUGAUCACAUCAUUACCAUUGAAUGCUAGACAGUGUAGUUGUCCACCGAUUACUAUGAAAGAUAACGACCAGAUAAUGACCAACUCUGAUCUGACCAUCGAUACUGUACGCCAUCGGUACCCGUAUUGCAUAGUAUGGACACCGAUCCCGUUGUUGACGUGGUUGGUGCCCGUCAUCGGCCAUAUGGGUAUCUGUAUGUCUAACGGUGUGAUCCGUGAUUUUGCCGGUCCUUACUAUGUAUCACAAGAUGACAUGGCUUUUGGUAAUCCCACCAAAUACUGGCAAUUGUCAUCAAAACUGUUGACCGGCGGUCACUGUUGGGACGAUAGCGUCAAACAGGCCAGCGAUGAAUACAUGAACCGAAUGCACUCUUUGUGUUGCGAUAACUGUCACUCACACGUCUCGAUGGCAUUAAAUCUUAUGCAAUACAACGGCAAAUGUGAUUACAAUAUGUUUAACACUUUUUUCCGAUUUACUUAUCAUUGCAAAUAUGUUAGUUUUUGUGCUUUUCUGAAGACUUGGUUACCAUUUGUGGUCUGGAUAUUAGUAUUGAUUGUUUUAGUCAUAUAUUUUCAAUAA